UAUACUUCGUCUGUAGUAGAUGGCGAUAAAAUAUGUUUGUGUACAUAUGACACUUUUAAAUUCGGUGAACAUUUAAAUCGCAAAAGAAUCAAUUAUUUCGCUGAAAUGCGUGGGAUUGUAAUUUAGCUGGCCGCAGGAAUUCGGAGAAACCAAAUGAAGAAUCGAUGAAAUUCUUUUACAUGAGAUGGAUGAAUCUAUAAAGUUCGAUAUAAAAGAGGUUAGGACUGACAUUAUGCGCGCAAUAAAAGAAUGUUCACAACGAGGAUUGUUGCAUUCCGCAAAAUGGUUGGCGGAAUUAAGUUAUUCUUUGAAAGACGUCAAGUUGAACGUUCACGAUAUUACUGCCGAUUUGUACUUGGCAGAUGUAUGCGAAGAAGAAGAUACAUACAUUUUAGCAAAAUGUUACUUUGAUUCAAAAGAAUACGAUAGAGCUGCAUAUUUUACAGAGAACUGUAAAACACCAAAGGUUAGAUUUCUACACAUAUACUCUCGGUAUUUAUCGGGAGAAACCAAGAAGAUACACGAAGCGCCAGUAUUGCCUCCUAACCCUGUCAAAAAUGAUAGCUUAAAAUUAUUAUGCUCCGAUUUGAGAAAAGAUCAUAUAGCCGAUAAACUGGAUGGAUUUGAAUUGUAUCUUUUUGGGGUAACUUUAAAGAAGCUACACUUGGCUAGAGAAGCCAUGGAUGUACUGGUUGAAGCAAUCCACAAGCAACCUAUGCACUGGGGAUCUUGGCUAGAAUUAGUUUCUCUGAUAACAGAUAAAGAAAAACUCGAGAACUUGUGCCUACCAAAUCAUUGGAUGAAACAUUUUUUUAUUGCUCAUAUGCAUAUAGAACUGCAACUGACAGACGAAGGUAUAGCUUUAUUCUAUGAACUGCAAUCGAUGGGAUUUCAAAAAAGUGGUUACAUACGUGCUCAGACCGCGAUGGCGAUUCAUUACAGGAGAGAUGCUGAUAAUGCUAUAGAAACAUUUAAAAGAAUAAUAAAGGAGGAUCCGUACUGUCUGGAUAAUAUGGAUACGUACUCCAAUUUACUAUAUGUAAGGGAAAUGAGAGUCGAGCUGGCAAAUUUGGCACAUAGAGCAACAGAAAUAGACAAAUAUAGGUUAGAAACAUGUUGCAUAGUAGGCAAUUACUAUAGUUUAAGAGGUGAUCAUCAAAAGGCAGUCCUGUAUUUCCACAGGGCAUUGAAAAUGAAUCCGCGGUAUCUUUCUGCUUGGACAUUGCUAGGCCAUGAAUUUAUGGAAAUGAAAAAUACUAACGGCGCCAUUCACAGCUAUCGACAGGCUAUUGAGGUAAAUAGACGGGAUUACAGGGCAUGGUAUGGUUUAGGACAAACGUAUGAAAUUUUGAAAAUGCCAUUUUAUGCGAUCUACUAUUACAAACAAGCCCAGCUGUUGAGACCGUACGACAGUAGGAUGGUGUUGGCUUUAGGAGAGGCGUACGAGAAACAAGACAAAAUACAAGACUCGUUGAAGUGUUAUUACAAAGCGUGGAGCAUUGGUGACAUCGAAGGAGUGGCAUUGUUGAAAUUGGCUACAUUGUACGAAAAGUUGGGUGUACACAUCAGCGCAGCAGCCGCUUACACCGACUUUGUCAGAGAAGAGAGCAGCAACGCGGAUAGAACCGACUUGAGUCAUGCAUAUAAAUAUUUAACACAGUAUCAUCUAAAUCGCGAAGAGUUGUAUCUAGCCAAUUAUUAUGCCCAGAAAUGUCUGCAGUUCGAUGAAACGAAAGAAGAAGCUAAAGCAUUGCUCAGGACGAUCGCUCAGAAAAGAGUAAAAGUCGAAGAGACGUCGAUGGUGAUAGAGGACAUGAACGAAACGGAUCCCGUCAUAGAGCAAGGAGAACGAGCAGACACUACUCCAGGAAAUCAAUUAUCACCGAUGAACCUGUCGUUUAUGCCAACGUCAUAAAUCAUUUUGAAAAGCCGAUGCUUCGUACGUUGUUUAUAUUUUUAAUGAAUAUAUCAAUCGAUAGGGAAACAAAAACACAAUGAUUAAUAAAAUUCAUUUUAUUAUUUCGUAUGUAAAAAUGUGUACAGAUAUUAUGUAGAUCAA